AAAAUAUAUAAAAAAAAAAAAAACUUUUGGUGUUACCUUAGGAACUUUCAAGCAAAGCAACCCAGAAAAACACACACACUAGAACAAGAGAAGUUGUAAAACCCCACAAAACCCAUCUUGCUUAGAAGAAGGGUUUAAACUUAACACAAGGCAUAGGCUCAGAGCGAGCUAAGCAAAGCAGAGAAAUGUUGGGGAGAAGAUUAAUUUCCUUGUUCAAGAAUUCCCCAACCCCAACGUCACAGCUUUCCAGUUCUGCAAAGCCCGUGGACGAAGGGAAGAGUAAAUCAUUUAGUCGGAAAGCAGUGUCUUUUGUUUUGAUUACCAUAACAGGCGGAGUAGCUUUGAGUGCUCUUGAUGACCUCGUUAUUUAUAAUAGCUGUAGCAGCAAAGCCUUGGAGAAAGCUAGUAAGAACAAGGCACUUUUAGAUGCUAUUGGGGAACCAAUUGUGAAGGGUCCAUGGUACAAUGCAUCACUUGCAGUAGCUCAUAAGAGAAAGUCCGUGUCUUGCACAUUUCCUGUGUCUGGACCACAAGGCUCCGGAGUCUUCCAGCUGAAGGCAGUUCGCAAUGGAGAUGACUCCUGGUUUUCAUUUCUCCGUCCUCGUGAUUGGGAGAUUCUAAUUAUGGAAGCUCUCCUCCAUGUUCCCGCAAAUGAUGAAAAACAUCAAACAUUGCGCAUCAGUCUCUCCGACUUUCUUUCUUCUCCAGCUUGUGAGGCAUGCACUACCUCUGACUGCAAGCCUCAAGAACCAGGGAAUCCAGAGAAGAAAUGAAAUUCAUAUUUACUAGUUUAGUUGGAAAGAUGUUUCCUGAUUUGAAUUCUCUGCUUUUACAAGUUCUUGCCAUCCGAGAUUUGUAAAUUAAACCAGAAUGGAGCCCCAUCAUAUAUGACACGCCCACAAAAUAAGUCAUAAAAAUUUUGUAUUCUUUAAAAUUAAAAAAAAAAUGAUUAAAUUGAUCAUUGA